AAUUCCGGAAUUAAAACUUCGAUUAGGUGAAUAAAAACUUUAAAAACUAUGAGAAUGAGAUUCUGCAGAUAUAGAAAUGAGAAAAAUAAGAAGGACAACAAGAAAAAGCAGAACACGACAAGUAGGUACCAAGGGAUGCAUUCAAUUCACCCGCCGCACCAUCGCAAUAUCGCACCAUCCAACCCAAUCCAACCAACCACCCACUGCUCGAAAACCACUAAAAGCAACUUUCCGCACACACCCAUACACCGAACCAGCAUGCACAAGUGUGCUGGGUCCUGUCAUGCGCACCCCCAAAUCAGGCUAACUGGUGGUUGUGAUGACUCAAUAUUCGAGCAACAGCAACUAUGAGCAACAAGACCAUAAUCAGCCAGCGAGCAACAGCACAACCAAAAGCAGCAAGCAGCAACCCUUAGCAAAACCGAAAACCCCAACAAAAACAACAGAACAGAAAAAUAAAAAAGAACACAAAACUCAAAAAUAAACUGUAUAGUUUCUAUUCAUACCCGUACAGAUGAGAAAAGCUGAAACCAAACACCGAUACGCCGACACGAAAACGAAACGAAGCUCUAACAAGUGUGCGUGCAUAGAGCCAUCACAUAACCAAGGGGUAACAACAUAACAUAACGGGCAUCGCUAAUAUCAGUAGAAGGGAGUGGUACGUCAAAAACUGACGCACAUCCAGGACAAAACUGCAGACGACAUUUUUCCAAUUUUUUUUAUUUAUAUUUACACAAAAAUCAUUGCUGCAAUAAAAUAAAAAUAAUAAUACUCGUACAUAUAGAUAACUGUAAAAUACAAAUAAAAAAUAAAACAAUGUUAAACUUAUAUUCGAUUAUCCUGUGCAAUUAUUAUCCUGUCACCUACAACAACAACAAAACCUACUGAACUCUAUAGUUAUAACUCUGCUUGUUUGUUUCCAAAAAAAUACUACUUAACCGACCGGACGAUGAAAAAUUAACGGUGACGAAACGUCAAAAAUAAAAAAUAGAAAUAAAGUAAAAUUGCAAGAGACCGCGCGGAACAAAUCUCGAGAGUUGUGAAUAAAUAAAAAUAUUCUAUGUGUUAACUGCUGCACCUGCAUUAAAACAACUAAAAAACUAAUUAAAAUAUGUAAAAUGUAUAAAUAUAUAUAAAAAAUAUAAACAAUAACAAAAAAAAAAACAAACAAAAUAAACUCAAAACAACGAAAGCAAUAUAUACAUAACUGUGAACAUAAAUAAUUACAAAAACAAAAAUAUAUAAUUAUUCCCAAGGAUACAAAAUUCAAAAUUCAAAAAAAAAUUUAGAAACUAAAAAAAAAUUUUAAAAUAUUCUCCAAAAGCAAUUUUCGACCUUAAGGACAAAUUAUUUAACAAUCAAAUUUUUAAAUUAACAAUUUAUUUAUAAAAAAAAAAAUAUGAAAAUAUUUUGUAUCUAAAAAAACUUUCAAAAAAUUUCCAAAAAAAAAUUAAAAUCUAAAAAAAUAAUUGAUUAUCUAUUUCGAAUUGAAAAAAAAAAUGCCACUGGACUAUGUUCAAGCCAAGAACGCAACAUAUAUUUUUGGGGGCAGAUCGAAAGCAACAGCAGGUGCAGUAGUAGCAUCAUCGGCAUUGGCAGGUGGGGAUUUCGAAGAGGCCGAGGUGUACUUAAGGGCGUUUGAGGAUGAGGAAAACCAUUACCAACAGCAGCACCAAAGUCGAAGCCAUGAAGUCCUUAAUCAGCAAGCAACAAUUUUUAUUGUAAAGAAACCGACCAGCAACGGAACUCACCACCACCACCAUCACCAACACCACCAUCAACAACACCAGCAGCAGCAUCAGAGUCAGAGUCAGCAACAGCACCACCAUCAACAUUACCAGACAGCCCUUACACUCGAUUGUGACCGUGUGGAGCUGCUAAAGUCACCCAAUCAUCAAUUUUCGGCUUCCGUUGCAGCACAAAGCUCCUCCAGCAUCUCGUAUGGAAACAACAAAAAAAACAAUGACAGGAAGCACAACAACAGCGAAGCCGAACGGCGAACUCCACAACAUCAGCAGCACCACCAGCAGCAGGAUAAUACCCAUUCUGCAGGACUACGUGGAGUAGAAUCAAUAGAAAACAACAAAUUCAAAAGCACUAACCGGAGCAAUUUCAAUGGCAAGGAUGUUGAAAGAGCAUCAGGAGCAGCAUCAGCAUCAGCAUCAGCAUCAGUGGUAGAUCCUGCUGCUGGCAACAACCGCAUUAGAAGCCAUUGUGGCAGCAGCGAUACCGGCACUGAAACGGCCAGUGGAAAUGGGAUGCUAUGUGGGCGACUAGAAUGGACUGCAGCUCAAUCACUGGUCGAAUUGAAUGGCAAGGAUAAUAAAAAUAUGGCAACAGUAGUAGUGGCAGCAACAACUGUUGCACCAACACCACCAAUAUCAUCAACUGCUGCUUCUGUUGUUGGUGCUGGUGGUGGUGCUGCUGCUGCAUCUAUUUCUAUUCAGCCUUUGCCGCCAACAAUAUCGAGGGACCAAAAACAACAUCAUCAACAGCAACAAAGGGAGCCUCCUGCUUUCGAGGAUUCACCACAGCAGCGUUUGAAGGGUGGUUACGGUGGCGCCAUGCUUACCGCUGUCAACAAAGAAAAGUUAUCCAGAAUUUAUUCCAACUCAUCCUCGCCCCCAACGUCAUCGUCAUCGUCCUCGAAAUCAUUGUCGGUAACAGAAGUCGUCAUCGUGCCAAAGCAACAACAACAACGUACUGGAGAAUCAGCAACAUCAUCAUUAAAAGAGACGAUAAUAACAGCAGCAUCAACCCAUGACCUGCCCGAGUUGAUGAAACGAAGCGGACUUCCUCCUAUCGCAGGAGACGGUCCACCGAAUGCCAAAGUGAUCGCGGUAAGUGCCAUUAAGAGCACCACCUCCACCACCACCACAACCACCAUCAACAAUAGCCGGCUGUUUCCAUCGAGGGUUGAUGGAGCAAGUUCAUCUGGAGGGCAAGUGAUUUUCUAUGCCCCACCCGCACAAAAAACCACUCCCAAGCAGCUAGAGAAGCCUGCACCAGUAGUGACCGUUAAAAACGAGCCACAGUCGAUAUACCGUGAGAGAAGCAUCGAAGAAACCGAAGCCGCUCAUGACUUGCUGUCGCUGUCGCAGAGUCUACCUCCGUUGCCGGCACCAUGUGUGGUCACUAUUCUGCAACAGGACAAUGGCAUCCCGAACUACGUCGUCACCCACGCUCCGGUCAUGCAAGAGAUCUCGAAUUCUUCCAACAGUGACUACCGUCACCAUCAUCAUCAUCACCAGAACCAUCAUCACUCUGCCAUUAGUGGCACCACCAAGUCAAUUGCAACAUCAUCCAAAAUCCGCUACAUCAGUAGUUCUUAUGAGAGCAACAACGCCGAAAACUGCUCACCGCUUACGCCGCCAAAUUCCGACCAUUCCUCAGAUGUCGACAUCGAUAUGUCCUCGUCCUCAUCGACCUGUUCAGCCCUGACAUCCUCAUCAUCGGAAUCAUCCAAUCGCGGCGAUCACAGUCUCUGGGGCACGGAGUUGAUGAAAAUCAAGAAAGAGAAACCGAUAAUUUCAUCGAUGACCGAUGGGCGCUCCAAAGGUCGCAAGCCCAUCAACAUGGAAAUCUAUUUGAAGAAGAAGCGUGGCUCGUACAAGUGCAAUGACUGCGGCAGGCAGUACGCCACUUCGAGCAAUUUGUCCCGCCACAGACAGACACAUCGCAGCCUGGACUCCCAGUCGGCCAAAAAGUGCAAUACAUGUGGCAAGGCGUAUGUGUCCAUGCCGGCCCUUGCCAUGCAUCUCCUAACUCAUAAAUUGUCGCACAGCUGUGAGAUUUGUGGCAAGUUGUUCUCAAGACCCUGGCUCUUACAGGGGCAUCUGCGUUCACACACUGGCGAAAAGCCAUACGGCUGCGUCCAUUGUGGCAAGGCCUUCGCUGACAGAUCAAACCUCAGGGCCCACAUGCAAACCCAUUCGGGUUGCAAGAAUUUCAAGUGUCAACGCUGCAGCAAGACCUUUGCCCUCAAGUCAUAUCUCAAUAAGCACCUAGAGUCGGCUUGCCAAAGGGAUCAGAGUGGAAGUGAGAACAGCAGUGAAGACAACGAUGACGACAUCAUUGUAGCGUAAUCUCAACAAAACAGUUAAGUGUCAGGUAAGUCGAACCCCUCCCAAAAAAUAUAAAAAAAAGGUUCUACCUGUAAUGUCAAAGCAAUAAAAUCCAGCGAAUUGCGGUUAAUCACUGUAAAUACUAAGGCACACGAACACACUCACACAUACACUAAGUCAAA